AUAAACUAAUCGUAUCGCAAUCACUUCUUGAAGUCAGUGUAUGAGUCGAGAAACCUGGAUAUUUUCCUAAAAAGUACGUCAUAUCACGAUUCCAAAGCUAUACGAUAUUAUAGAGAACAAUUUAAGUAUCUCACAUCUCGGAAAAGAUUUGUAAUGUUGUAUUAUUGUUGACAAAAUGCAUGCUAAUGUUGGGUUUUUGAGUAUGCGCCCAAUUGACGAGAGCUCUCCUUGUCCCAGAAUGCACCGCGCGACCCAUUGCCGACGCAUGGGCAACGUACAGAAGAGAGUUAGUAAUACGAUUCCAAUCUCCCCAAAAGUAUCUCUGGAGUACAGCUACGACCAGAAGUGACUUUUCGUAGCAGGUUAGGAGAGCAUUUUAGCUAACCCUAACCUAAGCCUCCUAACCUGCCACGUUAAUUAUCCUAACCUGCUACGAAAGAAGUAAAUUCCGAAAAGUCUAAAAUGUUCGACCUGCUUGCUGGUUGUAGUUACACACGUGUCGCGUUCCAACGAAUCAGCAAGUCGGAAAUUGUGAACGCGGUAUCAGCACCCGCAUCGAGCUACUCGGGCGUCAGAUUUGACAGCAGAAGCUAGGCACCCAAGUUUAUUUGAAGUUUUUACACAGCCAGCAAAAACCUACGUCUCAGUCUGUAGUGUGGAUUGUAGAGGUUUCAAUCAAUAUGAUUUUACUGACAAUGAUCGCUCGAGUAGCAGAUGGUCUGCCGCUUGCUGCAUCGAUGCAAGAAGACGAGCAGUCAGGAAGAGACUUGCAACAUUACCAGAGCCAGGCUAAGCAGCUGUGCCGCAAACUAAAUGCCCAGAGUCCCAAUAGAUGUACUCUGGAGGCUGGGGUCAUGUCCUUCCACUAUGUAAUAGAACAUGGCGUGUGCUACUUGGCCUUGUGUGAAGCUGUGUUUCCCAAGAAACUGGUAUUUGGGUACCUGGAAGUCCUCCAAACAGAAUUCAAUGAACAGCAUGGAAGGAAAGUCCCCACAGUCUCCAGGCCAUACUCUUUCAUUGAGUUUGACGUGUACAUCCAGAAGACAAAGAAGAACUACAUUGACAGCAGGGCACGGAGGAACCUGGGCAGCAUCAACACAGAACUGCAGGACGUCCAGCGUAUCAUGGUGGCAAACAUUGAAGAGGUCCUGCAACGAGGAGAGGCCUUAUCUGCUCUCGACACCAAAGCCAGCGAUCUGUCCAGCCUUUCAAAGAAGUACCGCAGCGACGCCAAGUACCUCAACACACGAUCCAUCUAUGCCAAGAUAGCAGCAGGGACAGUCUUCUUCAUUACACUCAUCGUCUAUAUGCGUUUCUGGUGGAUCUGAUUGGCAUAAGGACUUAAGUUGGUGACAGUCUGAAUUCCCAUUUAAACUCGCUGGUACCUAUUAAUUAUAGGAUGCCAUAUUGGUGGUUUCUGUUAACAGCAAAGCUCAAGUUCCUACAUCGAUGCCUUAGGGAGAGACCUUGUAAGUAGUGGAAGGAACUGUGCCUUCUUCAGCUUUGUCAUGUCUCGUACCUAGGGCACUGUUUGGUUAAUCAUGUCAAAUGACCUGGAUUUUAAUUUGAAGCCUUUUCCAGAAAUGAGAAUUAGACCACAGAAAUAAAGCAAUUGUCCGAGGAUGAUGGUACUGGACCAUCUGACAAAAAUAUGGGGACAGAUUGAUGGAAAAUGCUUUUAUUUAAAGGUUAAAAUCCAGGUGACAUGAUUAACCAAACACAGAAUCCUUCAACACCUGUAUAAAGAUACUGCCCUGUGGUUGGUAAUGUGAGCAAAGUAGAGCUUUCUUAAUUCACAGUAGAGGUAUAAUCCCAUUAGUUGGAAUAUAAAAGGGAUUGAAAACUCAAUAGUUUACAUUAUUCCGUUUUAAUUAGUUUUUUACAAUGUCACUGAAGGACAAUUCUAUCUAUAUGCAAAUGGUCUUAAGUGUGAAACAACCCUUUACCAUGGCAAAAAAAGUUGUAUAUUGUUUUCAAAGGUUACAACUGUAAAAAAAAAGGAUUUGUUGAUAUGUAUAUUUAUCUUAAUGUUUAUAAAAAGUUGAACACUA